CGGGAUGUAGGAAGUUAGGUUAGAUUAGUGGGUUAGUUCGUUCCCGGAGUCGCAGCAGGUGUCCCCUAUACAACUCAGCUCGUUCAUUAUCCACACUCCCCUCCUCCCUCUCCACCCCCUCUCCCUCCCUUCCUCUUCACCUUCCACCACCACCACCUCCAAGGGUAACCACACUGACCACCCGCCAUCCCAUCUGUCGUCGCAUAAUCGCUUGCCAUUCCCUUUCUGCUACUUCUGGUCUGUCCGAUUCGGACCAUCUGAGCUGGGGGAUCUGCAAAGCAGCGCACACAACCCGCCCCCCCCUCUCUCAAACACCAACUACAACCCGUCCGGGAACCCCAGCAAAACCGACGCGAGACCUCCAAUUCGAAAAGGGACUGAUGAAGGCACUGCAUCACUCGGACAAACGACGGUGACCUGCGCCUACCUUUGUCCCUAUCUCGUCGAUCCCGCUCCAAACCUCGACCGAAUGUACGAUUCCGAACCCCUUCCUUCUGCUAGACUCCAUGUGUUCUCCUAGCAAUCUCGUGGAUACAAGCGACUCUCAAUUGCUCACGCGCGACUGAGCGACCGAACUCAAAUCACUUGGAACUAAGGGAGAGUACAUAUAUAUACGAUAUCGACCGGUUCGGAGGGUGAGGUUGUGUCGGGUGCGCGGAGCGAUUUCUGUUUUCCUAUCCAGCACUCCUUGAUUUCUCGCGCUCGUCAACUCACGCCGAGCUGCGACCGCGCAGAAUGGAGUCUGAAAAUCAGAAUGGGUACAAGCGGAGCUCGAUGCACCAGGCCUUCUACAGCCGCCCCGUGGAACGACGACCCAGCAAGAAGUCAUCUUCUCGGGAUCGCCAUGGCAUGGUCUACCCUGACAAUUUCCGUGACACGAGUAUUCGCACUGUGACCCCAGAGUCCCAAUCCCCCUUGUCCGAUGCGGAGUAUCUCACUGGCAACAGUGCGAGCGCGCCGUCACCACGGACCACCAUGCGAUCGAGGACAAUUGACCGAAGCGAAGAAGGGACGCUCACAGAAGUCAGGAAUCAACGUACACGAUCACGAACAACAACUCUGGAGGAGCAACGGGGGGACUUGGCGCCGAAUACCUUCAAGGCACGAACGCGGAUAGGAUCGGUGAAUGCGGCCAGCUCGUCUCAGCCCAAGAUGGUGGAUACCAAGGUCGCAGAGGAAUCCGCCGUCACACGUCAGCGACUUAGCAGAUCUCAGGGGUCCGGCUUGACGAGCGCUGUCGCACGCAACCAAGCCGCCUUUGCCUCGCCCCUGUCGAACACCGAUGCCGCCAAAAUCCUACAAUUGAUGAAAACGACCUGCGGCCGAAUGCACGGAAUCCUCUCCUUUCGAACGGCGACAAAUAACUCAUGGUCGUCGAGUUCAUGGACAUCGGGCUAUUGCGCCAUCAACGUUGCUACGGGUAGUCUGAUAUAUCAAGCUAAGGGCGAGCCAGCGCUCGCAAAGACAUUGAUCCCCGAUUUACGUGGAUGUCGUGUUCGGACGUUGUUUGACGCAGAGCUGCAAACCACUUACUUGAGCGUCAAUACCUUUACCUCCGGUCUCGGUAUUCAACUACGACCCCACGUGAACGAGACAUUUGACUCUUGGCUAGCGGCACUGCUUUGUUGGCAGCCCAUCCGACCAAAGGGUGUUCAAAAUAAGAUGACCAAGCCCCAAGCCGUUGUCAUUGGUGAUCGCCGCAUCCCCGAGCGUCGACGAAAUUCGGAGAGUGCUGCACAGAAGGAUGCAGCUAUUAUCAAGGUUGGAAAGAUGCUUUUGUGGGAUAAGCCGUCGGCAUCUGGAGCCCGUCCGGCUUCAGUGCGCCGAGUAUCUACAUAUCGGCAAUCCAGGGCCCUAAACUCUUCAUGGCAGCGGGUAAGCUGUACAUUGCAGGAGAACGGUUUCUUUAAGCUUUAUACCGAGUCGGAUGUUACACUUGUGGCAACAGUCCAGCUCUCUCAACUGUCGAGGUGUUCAAUUCAGCAAUUGGACUCGUCAGUAUUGGAUGAUGAGUUUUGUAUUGCGAUUUACCCGCAGUAUACGGCACACCCCGUUCCCGACCCUGGGAUGCGCCCUAUAUACCUUGCUCUCGAGAGCCGCGUUAUUUUUGAGGUCUGGUUCGUUCUAUUGCGUGCAUUCACCAUUCCAGAGCUCUACGGCCCCGAGGCUCCCGACAGCGAAGAAGAUCCCAAUAAGACGCCAGAGGCCCAGUCCCCUACACAUCACACUCAUGACAUGUUCCGAAUCGAGCGUAUACUUAACCUCAGAGUUACAGAAGCGAAGCUUUUCCGAGCCAAAGAAGAAGAAACUCCUCGCAGUCGAAAAAUGUCCAGGUCGCAUGGGCACUCCGCCCCAUCGUCCCACAAAGUCAGCGAUUACUACACAGAGGUGCUUCUGGAUGGAGAAAUUCGCGCCAAGACGGCUGUCAAAUAUCGUACCACAAAUCCGUUCUGGCGUGAGGAUUUCACAUUCAACGACCUGCCGCCUGUCCUCUCUCAAGCCUCUAUCCUAGUGAAAACCCUCAACCCCACGCACAGAGAUUGGACCCUAAUUGCGCAUGGAACAUACUCCAGUCAAGAUGGCAAUGCAGCCAAUAUGCUGGAUGAGAUCGAAAUCUCCACCAACGAUGCAAUCUUUGGGAGGGUUGACCUGCGCCUGGAGGAACUAGAUCCUGGCGUAGAUACGGAGAAGUGGUGGCCCAUUCUGGACGACCAGGAUCAGGCUGUGGGAGAGAUGUUCAUGAAAGCCCGAAUGGAAGAGACGGUUGUCUUGAUGUCCGAAGAAUAUGCGCCGAUGCACGACCUACUCCACGCCUUCACCAACGGUCUGACAAUCAACAUGGCUCAGGUCAUGUCAUCCGAAUUGACUCAACUGGCCGAAAUGCUUUUGAACAUCUUCCAGGUCUCUGGGGCAACGGUGGAUUGGAUUUCGGCGCUGGUUGAAGACGAAAUUGACGGUGUACACAAGGAAUCGACCGCCAACCGGCUGCGCUAUACGACAAGGAUCCAUUCCAAUGACUCUCGCGAGUCCGGUCAGGACCGGGAGAUUCUCGUGAGAGAUAUGGGACGGACGGCCACCGUUGAAGCGAAUUUGUUAUUCCGUGGAAAUUCACUCCUCACCAAGGCCCUUGAUCUGCACAUGCGUCGACUUGGCAAGGAGUACCUGGAAGAGACUAUCGGAGAACGAAUCCGGGAAAUUGAUGAGAGUGAUCCAGAGUGCGAGGUGGACCCAGCUCGUGUGCCACGUACGGAGGACUUGGAUCGCAACUGGCGCAAUUUGAUCUCGCUGACUACCGGUGUGUGGAAGUCAAUCGCAAUGUCCGUUUCGCGGUGUCCGCCCGAGCUGCGACGCAUUUUCCGGCACGUUAGAGCUUGCGCAGAGGAUCGUUACGGUGAUUUCCUUCGCUCUGUGACCUACAGUAGUGUUUCUGGAUUCUUGUUCCUGCGGUUCUUUUGUCCGGCUAUCCUUAACCCGAAGCUGUUCGGGUUGUUGAAAGAACAUCCUCGUCCUCGGGCUCAACGCACUCUAACGCUCAUUGCUAAGGCUCUUCAAGGAUUGGCCAACAUGACAACAUUCGGCAACAAAGAGCCUUGGAUGGAGCCGAUGAACAAGUUCCUAGUCGGCAACCGUGCGGAUUUCAAGACAUUCGUGGACCAAAUCUGCAAUAUCUCAGCGGAGCGACCCGCUGCUAUGAUCACGCCUUCUUAUACCACCCCUCUCCAGAUUCUUGGGCGCCUGCCAGCUACCUCCCGCGAGGGCUUCCCCAGUCUACCGUUCCUGGUCGAUAUUGCCCGUUGCUUUGCAAACUUGAUUCGUAUCUGGUUGGAAGUGGUGCCACAGCGGUUGUCUGAGCUGGAAGAAGUGGACCCUUUCCUGUCCAAAUUCCAUCAAUUAGCCAUGCAACUGCAGGAACGCACGGAGGAAUGCCUUGACGAGGCCGAGCAGGCGGAACGGCCGAGUGGGAACCUGGAGGUCAAAUGGGAGGAAUUGGUGGACUCUAUGGAGCGAGCAAUCACCUUUUAUGACGAGACAUCAAGUAAACCUGCCACUCCAGCUCCGGACUCAUCUAUUGCAACCAGCAAUUUGCCGGUCUCCUCAUCCUCUGCAUCGAACACCCCGGGCCAUCGCGGUUCAAUUGGCUUCUUCGCCACUCGUCCGGCCAUGCCCCGUCGUUCGACCGACAAUGCACCCGAUACCGCGGAUGACACGCCACCCAGCUCAUCCUCGGCAACUUGGGACCAGUCUCGCGUGCCAUUCAGCAUUCCUCGGUGGUCCGAUCCUCGUGAUAGCACCGGCAGUUCUAAAAACUCGUCUACCUACUCUCUUGAAUUUUCUGAGACCGCCAAGGCCCGCCGGUCCAGUGUCACCAAGGAAUCUUCGAGCAAAUACCGCUUCUUCGACUUUGUCCCUGCGCCGUCACGUCGGAAGAAGGACCGAGACCAGUCUCAGCAUCACUCGCACGAGGAUCUCCGGAACGAGUUCUAAGUGAGAAGCACUUCCUAGGUGACUUGUUGCAUUGGUCGUCGUGGCUUUCUCCUCUAUGUCUAUGUGCUCAUGAAGUCCACGCUCCAUUUCCUUUGCUCCCCUCAUUUCCCCAUUCUUCUUUCUUUCACUAUCAUUGCCAAUAUCCUUCCAAAUUCAAAUUCCCUGUCGGUUUGAACAUCGACUACUCUUUCCGAUCUUCUCCCCAGCAUGUGUCACGGUGUUGAUACCCCUCUUCAUUCUUCCCCCCUCUCUUGAUUCUGUUCUUGUCUCUGAAACCCCUGCUCCUCCCCAACCUUCUAUCCAUUCAUCUAUCCCCUUCCAUGUCAUAUACAUGCCUUCCAACCUUCGCCAGCCAGCCAGGUCAGUCAGUCUGCCGGUCAUCCACUCAGCUCUUUGAUGAGAGUGAGGAAAGGUUAAAAAAGACCAUACACUUAUACGAUUCAAUGGAUGCUCGGUUUUUAUGAGAAAGACCUUGAGCUUGUGUUCUGUGGGUGUUUUGCGUGGCAAUGCAGUGCACUUUUGGUGUGCGCGUGCGUGUGGUCAAUGGUUGUUGUCAGCGUGUAUAUAUUUGAUGGAUUUUUCCAAUAGACGGAAUGGACUCUUGUUCUCAGCGCGAUUCAAAGCUUCGUGUCCUUUGUAUUGUCGUUCCUUGGGCGUAGUCUAUGUUUAGCCCGAUGCCUCCAGUGCUAUGCCAGGAUGGCAAGAUUUUCUGAUACUAAGCUUGAAGCUCAGUAUCUGACGCAAAAAUACGCGCGCGUUGGG